CGAUCGCUGGGUGUGUGCGUGUUCGAAAUGCAAAACGAAGCGAAAGGAAAUUGUUUUUUUUAGUUUUUCGCGUAUUUUUGACAAUUUAGCAAAUUAAAAAAUGUGUUUCCAUAGAGAAAAUGAUAAAAAAAGAUGCAGUGAAAUAAGUAAACUGUUUUUGCUACAACUGCAGUAAUAGCAAAUAAGAAAAAUAAGUUGUUGAGGUACAUAUAUUGCUGCGUUUAUAGCGCAGUGAAAGGUGCAUCAAGCUUUUGAGCCAGUGUACAUAACUACAAGUAUUAGUACAAAUUCCAAUGUAGUAAUCUAAAAGUAAGACAAAAAAUCUAUACAAAGUUAGCGUAUAGCCGUGAAAAACGUAAAAUUGUGCAAAUUAGUAAACUGCAGCACAAGUUACAGUAAGAGAAAUGGAGUUGAGGGACGGUACAGGGGUUGUAUACGCGGAUACUCAGGCGUUUUACUACGCUUUGCUGCUAACUGUGAAUGUAACUUUGACUGCGAUGGUGCUGUUGGCAGCGUGUCUCUGGUGCAGGCGUCAAGCUACAAAGGAUGAGUUGGGGGGUUUGGAGGGUAUGGUAAAAAUGACUAAUCCCGACGAUGUAAUCGUGGUUAAAGUGCCUGCAAUUAGUGAAUCGCAUACGGAUUUAAACGUUUCUGCAGUUUCGAACACCGAUUCGGAAAAAAGAGCAAGCACUGCAGCUCACAGAAGUCUCCCAGAUAUACCCGUUGGAGAUGCCAAUGGCGAUAAUGGAUCUGAACUAUAUGAAACAGUGGCGGACAAACGUAUUCUAGAUGAAGGCAAUAAUGGCAAUAAAAGUCCCACUCCAAGCCUAAAAAAACAAACUAGUGUCUCUCAGCAUAGUUCCAUCAGUCAAGCAGAUGAUGUUAGUUCGCCUUAUUCUAGAGUACGUAAUCCUCCUCAUGAUUACGCCAAAGUACGUAACACGGAGCAUCCCUACGCUCAAGUAAAUCCACCGUCGACCUCAGCAGCGGCUGCCGCAGCAGCCGUGGUAGCUGCCGGCAAUAGCAGUAAUGCCAUUUACAACAGCCAACCGCCAGUGCUUAAUGGCACACUUUCGCGCAACUCAAACCAUAGCAACACAUCGCAAAUCGAUUUAAUAUCUCAAGCAGAAAUUCCAGCUGCUUCUGCCAUCGCAGGUAUGAUCUCAGCGAGUCAAGAUCUUCCAUAUAUGACGCCGCCUAUAACAAAUCAACACUUUAGUGGUGAUUCACAGGACUCUUCAAAAGGUUAUACCAGCAUCAGUGUGCGGGAGCCACUUGCAAAUAUACUAGCACAACAGCCGCCGAAGCAAACACAACGCAUAGCUACACUGACUCGCGAUGCAAAUGAUUCGCAUUAUGCCACCGUGUCAGAUGAUUCUGAUGAAACAUAUGCGGCAAUCGAAGAUCCGAACAAUCGCAGCAAUCCAAAUGUUCUCACUGACAUUUACACAAGCGGCUCAGAGACUUAUGCACAAAUUCAGCCUAUGCAAAUAAAUUCCAUGGUGGUAUCGGUAGAAAUUAAUAAUACAAAUAAUAUCAACUCUCAUAUUAACCCCAAUGCAACUCUUACAAAUAAUGUGCAGUCUACAGAACACAAUAUACUGAGUACAACGUCUAUGUCACAUCACCAUCAACACACUGCACACAGUAGCCACACACAAACGAGGCCUAUUUCUGAACAUACCACUCCUAUACCACCACCUGUCGACAGUCUACGCACACAAAAGCACUCACGACAGCCUUCGUCAUCUUCGAACAACAGUUCUUCGAUUUGCAAUUUAGGUUCUCCAAAGCCAGAAAAGCGACAAGCCAACUCACCGCUACCACCAACGCCCAAAUCGAACAUUACCUCUGGCCGUAGUUCAGUUAUAUCUGUGAUCGAAUGUGGUGGUGGCGCUGGUGAAUUAAAUUUAAGUGGUAUCCUAACAGCAGUUUCGAACACGGUCAUUUCUGCUACAGCCACAGCUACUAAUACGACUGACAUAUCUCCACAGAAAAAUAAAAGUAAAAGCCUUAGUCCAUCCAAAGAUAUCGAAGGCAUGUAUGCAAAGGUAAUGAAAAAGAACAAAUUAUCCCGCCACUCACCUUCUUCACAAAACAACUCUCCCGUAAUGGCGCGUAAAUAUGCUGAUCACAACGCCGUGUUAGGCGUUAGCCCAUUGGACAUGGCUGCUGCUGAACUAAUGGAAACAAAUCGUACUAGUGUAUUUACCAUUCCAAAUAUGUCUACCGACAAAGGUCGCCUUCGGAGCAAUAGUUAUGGUUCCAAGGAUCAUGGCUAUGAAACAAUACCUGCCGAAGCAAUGCGGCCAUCAGCACUUGAAAAUCGCAAAUCGGACUGCUACAGUAGUUUAUUGCGGAAAGAGCGACCGAAAGAGAUUCUACAAAUACCUAUACCACCAGCAGCAAAUGCAAAACCACCGAUAGACUCAGAUCUAAAUAGUGAUAAGCACUAUGAGACUAUUGCCGUACCGCUUGACACUACAAACAACAGCGAUCCGGGCUAUGAAACCCUCCAAAAGCCAAACAAACUAAAUCAAUCCGAUCCAGAAAACGAGAAGAAAUCAUCUGACUACGAUCCCAACUAUGAAGUACUCGAAGGUCCUAAAUCCACAGGUCUUUCCGACGAUGGCUAUGCGAAAAUCAAUGAAAAUAAAAAAUUGGCCGUUGACGAGGACUCUACGGAUGGAUACAGCAAAGUCAAAGGCGAGGAAGGUGAAGAAGGUUCAACUGGUGGUUAUAGUACUAUCGCCACAGAUGCCAAUCACAAUUAUGCCAGCAUCGCUGAAACAAAACAAGAAAUGAGUGGCGCUACACCCGAUACCGAAGAGUCCGAUCACUAUGCACGUAUCGCCGAAGCACCUCGAAUACCGCUAUCAGCCUCCGAGCUGCCAAUCAGCACCUUGCAUACGCCAACGGGCAAACUGCCACAGAGUGUAAGCAUUGCUUCUGGCGGCACACAAGACACCCUAGCAAUUACUUCGCCUUCGUCAAUUAACUCGUCAUCGUUGUUGACCAACAGUUCAACACUGUCAAUCACCAAUGCGCUGACCGGCAGCAGCAGCACCACCAGCACGAUGAGUUCACGGCAAACGCCUUCGACAUCGUCGCAAUAUGAAUCGCUAACUGGCAGUGAAACCGAUCCCAACUACGAAUCUGUUUGCUAUACAAAUACGGAACGUGAAAAUCCUUACGAGAGGCUACAGACCGAAUACUCUGAGACGCAGCUAAGCAGUAGUAGUCCAAUAACGCCAGAUGAACUACGUCAGCAACAACUACAUCAACAGAAACAGAAUAAUGCGCAUACGCACAAUGCAAUAAUAGCAACACCCGGUGGUAGCACAAGUGCUUCAUCAUCAGUAACGACAGCGACGAACUCUGAUUCAACAGCAGCUACAACGGUGUUGUUAAAAACCACAGCAAAUGGACUAACGCCAAAAGCGGGACUAGGGGGGUCAGCAACUAAAGUGCAAAAUACCAGUGAACUGAAUGCCACGGAUGUGGUAGUCGAUGAUUACUUUCAAGUUUAGUUAAUUAAUUAAUAUGUAAUUGGGCUAAGAGCGCAUUUUUGUGGCAAUUAUUGAAUAUGUAUUUAUUAUUAUCGUAAGUAAGAGCACAUACAUAUAUAUAUAUAUAUAUUAUAUAUGUAUGUAUUUUUUUAUAUACCUACAUUCAUGAAUAUAGGCAGCAAAGCUGAUGUUAAAAUUUAUGUGAAGAAAAGUGUGAAAAGAAUGCAUUGGAUUUGGCGCAGCUCCGCAAACAAAUUCGUAAUUUUUUUACGUUCAUUUGGUUGGAAUCACUAGUGGUGUGUACAUAUCAUUG